UCCUCAUCCAUAACCAGAAGCCGCAGGGAGUUCAAGCAGUCAUGGGGGCUUACAAGUAUGUGUCAGAGCUAUGGAGGAAGAAGCAAUCCGAUGUGAUGAGGUUCUUGCAGAGGGUCAGGUGCUGGGAAUACCGUCAGCACCCUUCCAUUGUGCGAGUUAACCACCCGACUCGCCCCGACAAGGCUCGUCGCUUGGGAUACAAAGCCAAGCAGGGUUAUGUUGUUUAUCGGGUCCGUGUGAGACGCGGUGGAAGGAAGAGACCGGUACCCAAAGGUAUUGUAUAUGGGAAGCCCACAAACCAGGGUGUGACCCAGCUGAAAUUCCAGCGCAGCAAGCGAUCAGUUGCGGAAGAACGAGCUGGUCGAAAGCUUGGUGGCCUUAGGGUUGUAAAUUCAUAUUGGAUCAAUGAGGAUUCAACUUACAAAUACUUUGAGGUCAUCUUGGUUGAUCCCGCCCACAAUGCUAUCCGCAACGACCCGAGAAUCAACUGGAUCUGUAAUCCGGUGCACAAGCACAGGGAACUCCGUGGACUCACCUCUGCUGGCAAGAAAUACAGGGGUCUCCGUGGCAAGGGACACUUGCAUCACAAGGCCCGACCUUCAAGAGGGGCAAACUGGAAGAGCAACAACACACUCUCUCUUCGCCGCUAUCGUUGAUUCCUCUGGAAUGUAUUGCCCAUUUUUGUUACACGUUAUUACCUUUGUUUAUUUUGUGAGAAUGAGAAGUAAGACUGAUAGUAUAUUUGUGUUUUAGACA